CAGUAUAGUGUUGGGAGGGUGGAACCUGUUCUGUGUACACUGUACACAGGAAGAGGAAGCAUAAUGGAACUGUGCGUUCCACUUUACUUUGCUGCACAGAGUGAGAGCACACUGCAUUCCUGCACCCAGAGACCAGCCAGAGGGACUAUCCUUACCUGCCAGUCAGCCACAGGGACCAGCGUGUUGAAGAGGGACCAUCCUGCCAGUCAACCACAGGGACCAGCCUGUUGCAGAGGGGCCAUACAACUGACUUCCCAGUCACUCAAUUGGCUGACAAAGUAAGGAUAUGUACUAUUACAGACAUCUGAGGACCUGCUAGAAUCUGGCGGGACAUGGAGUGCCAGUUAACGAUACUCGUAUUAUUGUAUAACUUACUGAAUUAAAGCAACAGUCAAAUCAAUCUUGAAUGCACACAGACCACAUACAAGAUACCAGGAGACAUUUUAUGAAAACUGGUCCAAGGAAAUAGGAACAAUGGCUCACGUUGAGCACCUGCUUCAGUUUCAGUGUCCAAGUGGUGGUCUGUCCAGAUGUAAAGCCCAGAUCAUAUCCUGGAACAAACAUAUAUAUGUCUGCAAUGGUAGUAGAUUUGUGUAUGUCUUCAGCAUGGAGAAGAAGCAAAUUACGGCUGCGUAUUUGUUUCCUUCCAAAAUUCUUCAUAUGGAACUUGUUACACGCACAAAUCAGCUGUACGUCCUGUGUGCCCAGUGUGGAUUAUUCCUUUUGGAGCGCGAUGACCAAGGGAGGUUGUUGGUGGAAGUAAACACUGUCAUCAGUAAAGGAGAUAUGACCAUAUACCACAUAGACUCCAAUUUUGGCUAUUUGUUGGAUCCCUCUAUCUGUUCCUUCACAGUGGCUUAUGACUUUCUCGUCAUUGUAUUACUGCAGCUGGACAAAUGGAAGGUCAAGCUCUUUCACAGGAAAUCUCUCCGUUAUGAAGACCCUAGCACAUCCCCAUCUAGAGACGUGACCUUUGGAAAGGGAACUAGUGAUUUAGAACCUGUCCUGUGUUGUGUUUCUCUGUGGAAAGAAAACACAAUGGGUGAUGUUCCGUGUAACUUUUCAAUGGAUGCUGCUUUGUUUACCCGUCUGUUUGGAGUUGAUCUCGCUAUACUGGAAACCCCCAUGAUUCUUUGUGGUUUCCCAGAUGGUCAGGUGAUAUGCUUUCCAUUAAAGAGUACUGGUUCUUCUUACAUGCACACUUCUGAAACUAACUGCUUGCGCCAAAGCUCAUUAAAGGUUCUUUACCACCUAGAGCAACCCGUGCUUUCUAUUGGGGCCACAAGGACAGAACCGUGUGACCUUAGUGCUGAGCAGCCAAUCACAAGUUCUGAAACUGUUUCCUGUGACUGUCUACUGUUUAUUGGUAAGAAAGGCCUCAUAGUACCAGUGACAGCCGGUGAUAUAUCAGAAGGCAUAGUUUGCGAUUUUAAGGAAUACCAUCUGCCAGGUCCUGUGUGCUGUACUUUGUAUACUAUGUGUGGAGUCUACUGCAGCACUUCCUCUGACCUCAUCUUUAUUACCAUUCCACGUGUCGCUAAAGUAGCAGCCUCUACCACUCCAAGCGGUUCUGCUGUGUCAUCCUUCCGACACAAUAUUCCAAUGGUUUUGGCGGUAUCGCAGAAUACCUUCUCAUCUGAUGAAGUUGCAGAGCUAGUAGUCCUGUCUAGCCGAGGAUGGCUGAUGCUUUACAAGGUAAAUCGGAGAGGAAGCAGAGAUCCACUACAUGGAUUGGGUGGUGCAGAUGCAGGAAUGAGAAUAAAGAAGCUGCUGUCUGGGAUUGGUUCAGUAUCCGAGAGAGUCUCUCAGUUGAAGUCUGUAGUUGAUGACAAGAGCAGGUCCUUAACUAAGCUUAAUCAAGUGAUAUCACUGAGCCGUGAGGUGCUGUCCAGCCAGCGGACAGAGUGUCCAGUGCAUUGUGUAAUAAGAGUGUCAUGGACACACGUGCUGCAGAAAGACUGCCUGAUGGCACACUGCAUUGUGGAGAACAAGACUGAAUGUGUUUUGGAGAGGGGAUGGACCUUGUGCAUCCUGAUAAGUACUGUCCCAAACACAUCCUACUCUUUUCCAAUUGCACUAAAACCGGAGGAGAAGACCGAAUUAACUUUCCCCUUAGCUACAAAUGGGUGUGACAGCCUGGAUUUCCCUAUUACAAUAUCUUGCACACUGUUUUACAGCUUAAAGGGACUAGUCGCAGAUUGCGGUGACUCUGCAGACUCGUCCAUGUCUUAUUCACACAAGCAGGAUGUCAGCAUACCUAUACAGGAGCACAUCAUUGAUGUACUCCAAUGCCUGCGUUUUAGCUCACAGACCGAUUUUCCCUCCUGCUCUGGCCCAUCUUGGACAUUACCUGAGCAUAUAGUGCAAGUGUUUUUGAAGACCUGUUCUGGAUGUGAAAGCAGUGAUGACACAUCAGUGACAGUUCCUAAGGUUAUUUGUAACCAGGAAGUUAAUCAUACAAUACCACUGAAGGCCAUAGUGCGAGUGUCUGCUCUCCAGUUGACUCAGGCCUUGCACAAUGAACAGUCAGGGAGACCCCUCUGUUCUGCUGCAUUGCAUUGGCUGCUGUCCGCAGAGUUGACAAAGGUGCAGAAUCUGGUAGAGGUGCAGGGUGUAAACCCAGAUGGAAGGAAGUUUUGUCUGCGAGUUCAAGAGGUAUCUGUGCCAGACUUGUCAUCAGAUGGAAAUAUUCCAGCCAUUGAAGUGCAAAUAUUAAGCUCUCAUUUACAUGCUGUAGCAUCUCUUCACCUGGCAAUCAUCAACCGUUUCAAGAUCUUACUUCAACAAAAUAAGACAAAUAAUGACUCCCGUUUUCCUGACUUGAAUUUGGGGAACAUUCAGCAGCAGUAUAGUGUUCAUGAGUUGUUGCUAAAAGAAGUGAAGACCCUGAAAGAGCGUCUGUGUGUGGAUGAAGACAUCAUCUCCAGUACUGCUGCUCAGAGACUACUCCAUAUCUACAGAGAAUUACGAGAGAGUCCCAGCCUGCUCUUCAUUUGACUUAAACCACAAUCCUUUUCUUUACUGUGGAUAACAGCAACUCUCAACAAUUUUCAGGAUGGGACUUUGCGGAGGUUAGAAUAGAAAUUCAAUCAGACAGUAUGGAGAGGUUUCUGUUUAAAUUACCUAAAUAUGGGAGUGAUAUUAAAAGAUGAUUUGCUGAGAA